AUGAAGCCUUCGAAUUCCUCGCUCAGAAAACUCAAUCCUUACGUGUGUAAAGCAUGCACGAGACGCAUAAGAAGUUUCGCCACGACGGCUUCUGCUCCGGGUGCGACUUCGAUUGCGAAUGGGAAACAACGUCCGGUUGUGUAUGAUGUGGUGUGUGUAGGAGGGGGACCGGCGGGAUUGAGUCUGGUUGCUGCUUUGCGCGCAAACCCCCUCACUCGUAAUCUGCGGCUCGCGCUCAUCGAACCGCAAUCGUUAUCGAAAUCGCUUAAUUGGAAAAUGAGAGAGGGGGAGUAUUCGAAUCGGUGUAGUAGUUUGACGCCGAAGAGUGUGAGGUUUCUGAAGGAGAUAGGGGUGUGGGAGGAGGUGGAGGGGAGGAGGGUACAGGGGUAUGGGGGGAUGCAAGUUUGGGAUGGGGUGAGUGGGGGGAGAAUUGGGUUUGAUGUUGAGGGAGGGGACAGGGGAGAGGAGGUGCUGGAGGGAGAGGGAAAGGUGGUGGCGUAUAUGAAUGAGAAUGCGAAUUUGGUGAGGGGGACUAUUGAGGAGGAUAGAGGGACAGACGAGGGGGAUUUCUCUGGCUGGCCUAUCGUGACGGUGGAAGGACAGGAGAAAGGUCUCGCGGCGAGAUUACUAGUCGGCGCCGAUGGACAAAACUCCCCGGUGAGGAGAUUCGCCGGCAUAGAUAGUCGAGGAUGGGAUUAUGGUCGUGUGGGUGUAGUAGCGACUUUGGAAUUGGAAGCUCGGCAUGAAGUGGGCAAGAUUGCAUAUCAAAGAUUCCUACCUACAGGACCAGUCGCCAUGUUACCUCUCCCAGGAAACCACGCAACGUUAGUUUGGAGCACGACUCCGGAAAACGCAGCUGUUCUGAAAGGAUUGAGCGUGAAAGAUUUUAUCGCGAUGGUGAAUGCGGCGUUCAGAUUAAGCACGGUAGAUUUGAAAUACAUGCACACUCAGUCGUCGGGUCAAGCAGAAGAAGUAUCGUGGCGUCUCCAACACACACCUACUUCCGGCACUGUUCCUGCCCCCGUCACCGGCGUCCAGGAAAACAGCAUCGCUUCCUUUGCUCUCAAAAUGCGCCACGCAGAUACUUAUAUUGGGGAACGCAUUGCACUGGUCGGAGACGCGGCACAUACUAUUCAUCCGUUAGCGGGCCAGGGACUUAAUCAAGGACAAGGAGAUGUCGAGAGUCUGGUCAAGGGAAUCGGGUAUGCGGUGGAUCAUGGGAUGGAUAUUGGGGUGCGCAUGAGUUUGGAAUCGUACAAUUCGGAGAGGUAUAUGCAGAAUCAUGUGCUAUUGGGGGUGGUGGAUAAAUUGCACAAGUUGUAUAGUGUGGAGAGUGGACCGGUGGUUUGGGGAAGGACUUUGGGUCUAAGAGCUGUGGAUGCGAUGGGACCGUUGAAGAAAUUCUUGAUGAGUCAGGCUGCGGGGACGGGGACAAAGAUCUUGUAG